UAGCUCCAUUUGAGGAAGAUUGGUUAUCUCUCUCCUCCUCUCCCAUCCACAACUCGGCGGAGCUGAGAAAUCUAACCUAACCAAAGGACUCCCAAGAGCUACUCUCCAUCGGGAUGUGUUUUAAUGCGCGCUGAUGGACUUUAAUGAAUGUGUGACCACUGUGAAUCCCCUUAACGAUUACUUGAUGUAUUUGUCGUGCGCCAUUCCGAUGAAUGCUGCGCCAAGAGCAGCGCUGCGUAAAGUCAAACAGCCUGUGUGGACAGCAGUCGAUACUCGGCUGCGUUUGUAAAGGCGAAAUAACAGAUCUGAAUGUGGCAGAGUCCCGGACUGCUAUUUGGAAGGAAAGGCUGCUUUAGUGAAACGCACAAGUUUAAAGAAAAGUUGGGACAACGUUGUGUUCUCCAAGUGAAUGCGCGCUUUCUGCGCAUACAACGCUUUUAUUUAUCCAUUUGGUGCGAAAUUAGAAGAAAUUAGAACGAGACGAACCAGGCAAAGGCGUAUGAGAAUCUCUCUGCAACUACUCUCGGCUGUAAAUAACUUGUUGAAUGAGCAGCUCGUCCCAGGAGCGUAUUUAAAUGGUGCUGCCUGUGGCAAAAACCACAACUGACAGGAGACCAAACUAAGACAUUUGACAGCCACUGACUUAUGAGGGGCAUCACUCCUCUCUACACAUCACAUCUGACCAUUAGUUGACCCUUCCAUCAACGCUCAGCACUUUCGAAGAAGCUCACUUGUUGACACACCUCAUCAACCAGGCAGAAGUGGCAGCAAUCGAAGACAAAAUAACUGAAUGGGGGCUCUUCGUUGUCUCAAGCUGCUCGUGCAAAAUUAGCACCAUGGUGCCACAGUUCCCAAAUGCCCCACUGCAUUGUUCAAAGCUGCAGUUAAUUUAGAAAAAUCUCAGUGAUAUUUCUGUGACAAAGCAGCUGCUGUAGAGACAAAAAAAAGAAGAAGAAAGAAAAAAGUUCUACAGAAAUCACACAGAAUGAAAUCAGUGAUGCUUUGGCCCAUAUUCUUCACUCUGCAAGUUGUAGGCACCAGUGUGGCACAUGCCAUGCAGCAUUACCCGGCAGCCUGGGGACAUUAUGACGUGUGCAAGUCCCAGAUCUAUACAGAGGAGGGCCUGGUGUGGGACUACAUGGCCUGUCAGCCAGAAGCCACCGACAUGACAAAGUACCUGCGAGUGGCCCUCGACCCCCCAAACAUCACGUGUGGAGAUCCACCAGAAACAUACUGUGCUUUGGAAAAUCCUUAUAUGUGCAACAAUGAAUGUGAUGCCUCCACUGAGGAACUGGCUCAUCCCCCAGAGCUGAUGUUUGACUUUGAGGGUCGCAACCCCACAACAUUUUGGCAAUCCACCUCAUGGAAGAAGUACCCGAAGCCCCUGCAGGUCAACAUCACGCUGUCGUGGAACAAGACCAUUGAGUUGACUGAUGACAUCAUACUUACCUUUGAGUCAGGGCGGCCGGAGCAGAUGGUCCUGGAAAAGUCGCUGGACUACGGCCGGACCUGGACUCCGUACCAGUUCUACGCCACUGACUGCCUGGACGCCUUCACCAUGGAACCCAAAACAGUGAAUGACCUCACCCAGCGCACCCUGCUGGAUAUCAUCUGCACUGAGGACUACUCCCGAGGCUAUGUGUGGAAAAAUGACAAGACCGUACGUUUUGAGAUAAAGGACCGAUUUGCUCUGUUUGCUGGGCCUCGACUACACAACAUGGCCUCAUUGUACGGCCAGCUGGAUACCACCAAGAACCUGAGGGAUUUCUUCACCAUCACUGAUCUGAGGAUUAGGCUGCUGAAGCCAGCCACUGGAGCCACCAUGGUGGAUGAGUACAACUUGUCCAGAUACUUCUAUGCCAUCUCUGACAUUAAGGUGCAGGGCAGGUGCAAGUGCAACCUGCACGCCAACAGCUGUGUGUUUGACAAGGGGAAGCUGGGCUGCGAGUGUGAACACAACACCACAGGACCAGACUGCAGCCGCUGUAAGAGGCACUACCACGGAAGAGCCUGGAGUGUAGGUUCUUACCUCCCUAUACCCAAAGGAACUGCAAAUAUAUGUAUUCCCAGUAAUCACGGACCAGUGCAUCGAGCAAAUGCUUCAUCUCUCGGUGUUGCAAAUCGUAACCAAGCUCGAGUGUGCGACAAUGCGAUGCUGCGUUGUCAGAACGGUGGCACGUGCGACCAACAUCAGCGGUGCCAUUGUUCCCCUGGCUUCACAGGCAUCCUGUGUGAGAGAGCUCACUGCCAGGGCCCGGGAGAGUGUGAUGGCCAUUUGUCUGGACAGGCUUACUUGCAUCUUCCCCUCACCGGCUGCCAACUCGCACUUACCCUGAUACUGAUUGUUUCCCUUUGCUGAGAGACCCGAAUGGCCUCCCAUCCUCAACCAAACCCUAAGACCACAGUGGUGGCCAAAUCUGUUAUUAGUGCAACAGGCUGUGCACUCAUCUAUUAUACUGACUGCUAGAAGGAUUUAUGAAAAGGUUGCUGAAGUCACUGCUGUCCUAUAAUGUCACAGAGGAAACGGUUGGAGCCCUCGCUUUGCGAUUGUCAUUGGCUGAUACUUCAUUUAAUGCAGACUCAAGACUCAGACAGAGCUACCCACAUUCUGAGAGCAAAUUGUACAAAACUAGACACAUGGUUUCUAAGUAUCAUCUAAAGGUAUUUAAAAAAAAAUAAUAAUGUGGACGGGAAUAUCUCAAAACAUCCUGCCUCAGUCCCUCCUUUCUCACCUUCUUCUCUCUCUCCCUUCCCUCACUCGAUUACCCUUUUGCCCCACUUUCUCUUUCCUCUGCUUUGGUGACUGGUGAUUUCUCUUUACUGAAGGGUGUCUAUUGUUUUGCCAAUGCUGCACAUGUAUAAUUAUCAAGCCCCUUGACAAGUACCGAUCUAGUACAUUUCCUUUUUUCUUUUUCAGAGGCAUUGUAGUCAUGCUUGAGCUCACUUGUAUGGGGAAAAAAAAGUUGUACCAUAGUGUAACUGUAUUUAAUUUUUGUAUAAAACAGAUAUUUUCAUGACUACGCAAAAGAAAAGAUGUAUUAUUUGUUUUCUAUUGCUGCAGAUCUGUCCUAGAUGUGGACUAUGAGUGCAUAAGGAGUUUGGUUGUUAUUACUUUGCUUGUGUGGCACUUGGUUCUCUUCAUUUGAGAGCUGCUGUCAAAACUAUGUUUACAUACACACUUACACAAUACACUUCCACCAAAGGGAAAAAGAAAAACAUGUCUUUGUCUUGUUGUUGAAAAGUAGUAAUUUUAUUAAGUAGUAACAUGGAAUUUGACACAAGAUGUGUAGAGUGAAACAGUGUAAUUAUUUGUAGAUACGUACAAGCCAAUGACAAGAGCUGAAUGUCAUUUUAAAGGAUUUUUGAAAGCUAUAAAUGCCAAUAUUUGACCAAGUCACUGAAGCAACAUUUGCCGGUAACAAUACUGUAUAGCAGUCAACAAAAAAACGUUUUGGUUUUAUGACUAAGGCUGUUUUUUUUUUCUAGAAUGCUGUAACCCAUCCUUGUUGUACUCAUGAAAGGUGGGAGAAUCAGAGGAAUCUCAAACCAAAAUCCCAUCAGCUUUACGUAAAUUUAACAAGAAGACUUGGGGGGGAGCAGAUUGCACGGCAGUCGCAGAGGUUGUCCAGCUCAAAUCUGUAAUCAAAUCUAAUCCUUGAAUCAAAGGGGAAGAGGGGAAGGUUUUCUGAGCUGGUACGGUUGAAAGCUCGCAUCCUGCUGCGGGAGCCUCCGCAAAGUGACACGUUCAGGAAAUGAGCUUUAAUUCAUAGAGGGUCAAUGAAUAGAAAUGAAGUCGCAUCCCGCUGGGUGACAUAUUGAGCACUGAGACCAAUUUCAUUUGAGAGAUUAAUUUUCCUCCCAAGAUUGUCAUGAAACACCUAAUUGUGUUAGAGUCUACUGUAAGUGCCUCUCAUUAAAUGACACUGUCAAUGAAAAGAGUAGCGAAUGACUUUUUUGGCAUAAACUCUUUCCUUAACUUCUGGAAACUAAGAUGAGGUAGGCCUAUUCAAAAUGGGUGAGUACACUGUGCAGUCUAGCUAACUGAAUAGAAAUGGAUGUGAUGUAUUCAGCAAAGUAAAUAAUGCAUUUUUGGAGAAUAAAAAACAAAAGCUAAUGGUCUAUAAAUCUGUUGGAAAAAACAGAAGCAUGUGAUAUGUGACUAUCAGUUCAUUUGAUAGUCAAACAUCAUUCAAUUCUUUACAACUGACCAUUUGCUAAACUUCUACCCAAAACAGUGAUUGUCCAAUCAUAGCUUAGCUUAGCAAAGACAGCUACGCACAACAGGCCUGUCAAGCUUUGGAUUUCACAUAUUAAAAUAGUUUACAUUUGGCUGUAUUUAGAGCAAUAAUUUCCAGUUUAAGGGGUGGUGUCUUUUAAUAUCUGUUCCAAAACAAAUACACAAGUGCAAAAGUGAAAGGAAUGAUUUAAUACUGUGUUUAUCCCAUCAGACAUAACAAACGUUAGCAUGACCAGCUAACUAGCUUACGACAAGCAGUAGUAACUAAUCCUUAAUUCAAGGCCAAGGAUCAUUUCAUAUUUUGUGGGGUUAAAGGUCAAACCUGAUAUCUGAAAUAGUUGUAGGUUCAAACACAGACCUCAUUCCUCACCUUGUCUUGUAAUGUUGAAACUGAAACAUACUGAAAAUACAGUUUCUACAAAUAAAGUUUCUAAUCUCUGUCUUGCUUGUCCAAGUACGUAGCUCAUAAGUAUGUAAGCU